AUGAUGGAGGAAUCUGGAUCGGAGACAAUCAGGUCGGCACCGACUGGUCAGAAAGGCGGCGUGGGCAGCCUCUCUGGACAAGCUGAUGGCGGCAGUGGGUCCUGGAUGGCAGGCAGGGCUCCAGUUGCAGGUAGGGACGGCUCUGGCAGGGACACCACCAGGGGAGCUGACAGCGAUGGCGAGAUGAGCUCCAUGGAGCUUCUGCAGUUCCAACAGCAACAGGCGCUCCAGGUGCCCAGGCAGUUCCUGUUGCAGCAAGCCUCCAAUCUGAACUCCCCGGGGCACAAGCACAGCAAACAGUUGGCCUCUGCAGUGCAGGUGCCUAUGUCUGAGGCCAUGAUGUCACAGAACAUGCUCCCCCCUCAGCAGAUGCAGCAGAACCUGUCACACCCUCAGCUGCAGGCCUUGCUGCAGCAGCAACAAGCUCUCAUGCCCCAGCAGCUGCAGGAAUAUUACAAGCAGCAGCAACAACAGCUCCACCUGCAGAUCCUCACCCAGCAGCAGGCUGGGAAACAGCAGCCCAGAGAGGCUCUGGGGAACACACAGCUGGCCUUCCAGCAGCAGCUCCUGCAGAUGCAACAGUUGCAGCAACAGCAAUUGCUCAACCUGCAGAGGCAGGGGGGGCGGGCCGGCGCCCCCGCGGUCCACCUGCAGCCCAGCCAAGCGUCCUGGCCCCUCCAGGCCCUCCCCCAAGCAGCCGCGUGCCCAACAGACCUGCCUGAGCUGUGGAAAGGCCAGCGUGCCCCAGGGCAGCCUGCUGAGGACAGCUUCAGGCAGGAGGGGCUGGACCUCGCCAGCACAGCUGCCACUGCUACUUGGUUCGCCAGCCCCCCCAAUGUCUCCCCACCCCUCUGCCACCACACCUCACCCAAUAGACAGCCCACGGUGCUCACAUCUCAGAGAGACAGCUCCUCCCAUGAGGAAACCCCCAGUUCCCACCCCCUUUAUGGACAUGGGGAAUGCAAAUGGCCAGGCGGUGAGACCCUGUGUGAAGACUUGGGCCAGUUUAUCAAACACCUUAACACAGCUUUGGAUGAUCGGAGCACGGCCCAAUGCCAAGAACAGAUGCAGGUGGUCCAGCAGCUGGAGAUCCAGCUCACCAAGGAGAGUAAGCGGUUCCAGGCCAUGAAGGCACAUGUGCAUAUGGUGCCUUCAGAGCCCAAGCCCUUCUGCCAGCCAGUGACCGUCUCUUCAGAACCAUUCCCAGAUGGCCUCGUGCAUCCCCCAGCUCCAGCUGCUGCCCCUGUCACACCCUUGCAACCCCCUGGUCUGGGCUCUACCUCUGUGCAUAGUGGGGGCCCUGCCCGCAGGAGAAGCAGCCACGAAUUCGGCUCCCCCGUCUGUUCAGAGCUUGCCCAGAAUCAUGAUUUCUACAAGAAUGCUGCUGUCAGGCCCCCCUUCACCUAUGUCUCCCUUAUCCGCCAGGCCAUUCUAGAAUCUCCAGAUAGGCAACUGACUCGGAAUGAGAUCUGUAACUGGAUCACCAGGAUGUUCGCCUUCUUCCGAGGAAAAACUGACAACUGGAAGAAAGUUGUGAGCCACAACCUCAGCCUGCAUGAGUGCUUUGUCAAAGUGGAGACUGUCAAGGGGGCUGUGUGGCCCGUGGACGAGCAGAAAUAUCAGAAACAGAGAUCAUCAAGGAUGACAGGGAGGAUGAUCUCGGGCCUCAGUUUUGGCGCCCUUAACACCAGGUAUCAGCCUGCCCAGGCAGAGAGCAACUUCCCCUUCCUCAACAGUCCUGACAUGCUGAACCCUGGCUCAGCCAGCAGCCUUCUGCCCCUCAGCCAGGAUGACAUGGGUGCCCCUGGGGAGCCCCUGCCCUGCAAAGGGAGCAGCAGCCCCCCUCGCCUCUCCCCUCCUCAGUAAAGCCACCAGGUGCAAGUGAAAGAGGAGCCUGCUGAGGCAGAGGAAGACAGGCAGCCUUGGCCUACCCUGGGUGCCCCUAACCCCAGCACUGUGGGACCUCGGGAAGACAGGGACCUGGAGGAGGACCUGCCAGGAGAAGACAUGUCCUAA